CGAGGAUGUCUGAGGAAGUGGCACUAAAAGAAGAAUCAAAGGAAAUUAACGAAGAAGAAAAUACUGUGACGCGUCCGACGCGUAAUAAGCGUCCUACACAGACUCAGAAAGCCCAAUUUAGUGACAGCGAGGGUGAAUCUGAAUCGAACGAUGACGACAGCGGGGAGGAGGUAUACGAAGAUCAGAAUGAGGAGCUUGAAGAGUCGGAUGAGGAUGUAGAUGAUAUAGAUGGUGUAGACGAUCUUGAGGAUGCCGAUGAUGUAAAGGAUGACGACGAGGAGCUACUGAGUGAAGACGAUGAAAAGAGCACAAACAAGAAGCGUAAGAAACCUACAAAGCAAGACAAACCAAAGGAGUCUAGCAAGAAAGCUAAGCAGGAGACGCCGAAAAAUACUCAUCAGGGUGUUCCAGCCUGUCCUGAACCGUACAAAGCUCCACCUGGUCAGGUUUCUCAGAACACGCUUGAUUUCCUCAAUUGUCUCAGACAUGAGCCAUGUAACGAUCGCGAUUGGCUGAACGAUGAACACAAUAAUGCAACCUACAAAAUGCAGUAUAAAGAGUUUAACGAGUUCACUCAGGAAUUCGUCACCAGAACUAUCGAGAUAGACGACAACAUGCCACCAUACCCUAGCAAAGAUUUGGUAUAUCGUCUAUCGAGAGAUCUCAGGUUUUCUAAUGAUAAGACACCUUACAGAAAACAGUUCAUGAUGACAUUCUCCAAGACUGGUCGUAAAGGUGCAUGCGCGGGCUAUCAUCUCAUGAUACAGCCAAACAAUCGUACGAUUUUCGCAGCUGGCAAAUGGCAAGGUGAAAAAGAAGAAUUACAAGCGUUAAGAGAUAAUAUUGUCAGCAAUUCAACGCCUUUGAAGAACAUAAUCGAGGGUGACGGGUUUGUCAAGUAUUUUGGUUCUCCAGAUCCAGCAAAACGCGCUAAAGGAGAACGGAAGAAUCUCUUUGGGAUGGAUGAUGAAUUAAAGGUCGCACCUAAAGGCUUCGCUAAGGAUCAUCAAGACAUCGACCUACUCAAAUUGCGCUCAUUUAUUGGUGAACAUCGCUUUGAUGAUGCUGAUGUCACUUCACCAGACUUCAUGGAUAAGUUGAUGGAUAUCGUCAGAGUGUCCAAGCCUCUAGUCGAUCUUCUAAACGAUUGGAUGGGGGUAUAAUGCUCAUAAUUGUAAUUUAUAUAUAAGAAUGAUCGUGACACUGUAUAUAUGA